AUGAUAACAUAAUUUCCCGCAUUAUUUAUAUCGUACAUUGUUUAUUUGCUUUUGCACAGUGCCCAGCUUACAACGGAUCCACCGGUUGUUAAACGAAUGGAUAGAGUAUUAACUGGUUCCAUUCCUUCUAGCUUAGGUGACUUGGGGCUGGAUACACAUGGAUAUGUUGAGAAUCCUUUGUCUUUGUUUGCGUGUUCUGGGCCAAAUGUGUAUUGGUUGCAGAGGACCCUGCUGUGUUAGCCAAGACGGUGUUGUGGUUUAUGAAUGAGAGAAUGAGAAAUAAGCUCUCUCUCUCUCUUUUUCUUUUUUCCUGUUCUUAGCCCCUGGCGAAUUGUGGAUGACUGUGGUGGGGCCUUUACGAUGGGCACCAUCGGUGGUGGCAUCUUUCAGGCAGUCAAAGGUUUUCGCAAUUCUCCAGUGGGAGUAAACCACCGACUACGAGGGAGUUUGACAGCUAUUAAAACCAGGGCUCCGCAGUUGGGAGGUAGUUUUGCAGUCUGGGGAGGCCUGUUUUCCAUGAUCGACUGCAGUCUGGUUCAAGUCAGAGGGAAGGAAGACCCCUGGAACUCCAUCACAAGCGGAGCCUUGACAGGUGCCAUCCUGGCUGCGAGAAACGGACCAGUGGCCAUGGUUGGGUCAGCUGCAAUGGGCGGCAUUCUUCUAGCUUUAAUUGAAGGAGCUGGUAUCCUGUUGACAAGAUUUGCCUCUGCACAGUUUCCCAAUGGUCCUCAGUUUGCUGAAGACCCCUCCCAGCUGCCUUCAGCCCAGUUGCCGCCCUCACCGUUUGGAGACUAUCGGCAGUAUCAGUAGGACUUCUUAACAGGGGGCUGGAGGCCAGGAAAGGCUCUCAGGACAUCAAGCUGCAGACCGUUUCUAAAACCAUAGGUGGGACAACUAUGGCCAAAUAGGCUCCGAAGAGACAUUUAGCACUUUUUUCUAUUUAAAGGAACAUGGGGUGGGGUGGGGGCAUUAAAAGAUAGUCCAUUUAUUUAUUCACCCGUGGAGUGCAUUUAUGAUCAAAGUAAAUGUCUGAUAUCUUUAGAAGAAAACAUACUGAGUGCUGAGAAGAUGAAGGACCACAGGGCACACAGCAUGAGUUCGGCCAUCAUCGCCCAGGGACUUCUGCCUGGCUUUAUGUUCUGUUAGUCAAGCAAUAAACACUUGCUCCUUUCAGAUAA